AUGGUGGAAGCGGUAUGUCUCCUUUCCAUUGCGCCGAAUGGGAACGAUGAAGGGCUGCUCUACACCCUCAAUCUCACCACAUCCUUCGAUAUUACCACCUCAAACCUGACUGCCUUGUUCGGCAACAUGUCGAAAGCAGGAGGAAUCGCAAACAACAUCGCCCCAACCUACCGCGAUGGAGCCAUGUUCGCUAAUGACAACGAGCUCUAUCUCUACGGUGGCCUCCUCCGCCUCACAGACAGUCAAGACCCCCCAGCCGGCAACACCGUUCUCGGCUACGAACGAUACCAGUAUGGCCCAGACCGAGGAUCCUGGCAACCAGGCUUCAUCAUCGACAAUAUUGACAGCGGCGUAACCAGAUACGUGACAAAUGGCGCCGGCGUCUCUGCACCAAGCGAAAACCUCGGGUUCUAUUUCAGUGGUAUGCGCGGGAAGGACUGGGGGCCGAUCUAUGCUGACAAUGAAUCGGCCAAUGUCACAUCCGACCGCAUGAUUAAGGUGAACAUGUCCGGUAUGCGCGACAACAAGUGGUCCAAUCUGUCGUUACCGGCAUAUGUCCCUCCGCGUGCUAAUGCGGAGCUUGUUUGGAUUCCUGUCGCCGAGUCCGGGGUCUUGGUGGCGAUUGGGGGAGUGAUUAAUCCAGCGACGAUCUUUUCCUCAGACGAUUUGACGAGUGGCCAGCAAAAUGCAAGCAAGAGAAUAAGCCCAGGGUUCAUGGAGACAGUGUCUGUCUACGAUGUCAGCGGCGAUAAAUGGUAUCUCCAAAACACGACCGGGGACGUUCCUCCUCAGUUGACGCAGUUUUGCUCGGUUUACGCGAGUGCAGCGGACGGAUCUUCACACAAUAUCUAUGUCUACGGCGGCUACGACGGGCUGAGCACGGAGAACACACCGUCCGACGAUGUCUAUGUCUUAUCCUUGCCCUCCUUCAGCUGGAUCAAGCUUUACAGUGGAAACAGCACCCAUGGCCGGAGUGGUCACCGCUGUGUCAAACCAUAUCCGGACCAAAUGCUUGUUCUCGGAGGAGUGCAUCUUGACCCUACGCAUUGCCUUGAUGGUGGAGUGAUCCAAGUGUUCAACCUGAAUACCGGCAGGUUUCAAAACACCUACAGCCCGACAGUCUGGGGCGAAUACAAAGUUCCAGAUUUGGUCACUGCUGUCAUUGGAGGAGGCUCCAAAGGCGGGGCCACAAAAGUAUCACCCACCUCCUGGACCAAUUCUUCACUGGCAGAUGUGUUAAAAACCAAGUACACCAAGACUAUUAGCACGUGGUAUCCGUACAACAGCACUACCAGCAGCUCACCCACCAUUGCGCCCGUCCCAGACAAAGGCUCCAGCUUCCCCAGAUGGGCCGGCGCUAUCAUCGGCGUCAUUCUAGGGCUCCUUCUCGUCGCAGGAGCAGUUAUAUUCUGGUGUCUUCGUCGCCGUCGCAAGGUCCACGAAUCACAAUCCACAAGCGAGCAGUCCGCUCGAUCCUGGAUUCUGCGGUGGAUGCACAGCGGCGGGUCGACUACUGGCGCGCCGAAGUCAGGCGACACGACUGCAUCGACAGGGUAUAGUGCAUUUGCGAAUGAAUCAAACAUUACUCCGGCAACAGCGGUAUCACCGUGGAGUGUUGAGGCAGGCGGUGAUCCCGUUUACGAGAUGCUAGGACAUACAACCACACUCCCCGUGGAACUUCCCACACCGUACAACAACCAUUCCCUCCCGAGUCCGGUUUCGACCUCAGGCGUCUCUGGAACGGACUAUGUAUCCCCCGUCACGGUUAGCACACCCAGUACAGAGGGUGAACCGAGCCUUGUUGGACCGUCACAUCAUCGCCAUAUAUCUAGUUUGUCUACUGUGCCGACUAUAGCGAAUGUGAUGCAUGAGGAGGGUGACCACCGCCAGACAUAUAGGUCGGAUAUAUCGGAAGGCAGUGUGGAGUUGGACUGUCCCACAGGUGUGGAGUUGAGUGGGAGCACUCCGCAGGAAGGGAGAUUGGAGACACCAAGAGAGGUCGAUGAGAUUGAUGGCUUGGGGAUAAAGGAACUACCGUAG